AUGCCGAGCUUGGUACAAGUCGGGAAAAGCCUCGAAACAAAGAGGUUUUGCGCUGCCCUCUCCGAUGUUCGACGGAUUCGGGUGCCACCACUGGGAUCGAUUUGCCGAAAAUCGGUCUCGCCGGGGAUGAUGGUUGCACCCCGCCUCUUCAAAACAAGCAUUGAUAUCAAAUUUGGCUGCAAAGCAUGCAUCUUGACCUUGCUCAAGCCGUCAGCAAUCGCUACGUGGGCAUGGUAUUGCUUGUUGGUUUGCCAAGUCGAGCUUGGUUCAGAACACGAGGCGACGGGAAGCGGAGCUUUCGCCAAUGGCUCUUUGGAGCUUGCAUCUGCUAUCCAGGCUUUUCAUCAGCGCAACGACGCAAGACUCUCUCGUCUACUAGUAAGCCCGGGAUGUGGGUUGCGCGUCGGCAGAUGUGAGUUAUACCGGCACCCACCGCAGGGAUCUCGCCAUUCUACAUACUUGGCCGUACGCACCGCACCCGCUGGACAUGUGAAAGCGUCAGCAGCAAAGCAAGGCCCUGCAGCCCGGGUCCCAUUGUAG